AUGUAGUUUUGUGCUUUAUAGUGCAUCAUUAGCCUGAGUCAGUAGGCAAAUUGCAAUACACCUUCCUCUUACAGUAAGUUCAGGUGAUGCAUUUCCCCAUCCACCUAAUAUAAGAGCACUCAGGGCCAGCAUGGAGACACACACAGACACAUCCCUCUGAAGGAGAAACACUCAGACACUACAAGGUCAGGUGAUCAAAUUUGAAGAUGAAAACUUCCCUUGACGUCCUUGCCAUUUGUGCCUUGCUGGCUGGCAUUUGGGUCUCAGCGAUGGGACACAAGCUCCAUCUGGGUUCCUGUACGCUGACGGUUCACACUCACGAGCUCAUGCAUCACUUCCGCCAGAUCCGUCACAAUAUGGUCACACAAGAUAACCACAAGGGUGUGCGGUUGCUGAAGAGGGACACGAUGAAGAGCUUGCAGGAUACGGACAGCUGCUGCUUUCUGAGACAACUCCUACGCUUCUAUAUCGAGAAGGUCUUCAGUGGCUACACAAGCAGCCAGUCACUCCACCAGAGGACCACCAGCGUUCUGGCCAACUCUUUUCUCAGCAUAACCAAAGACUUGCGAGCAUGUCACACUCAAAUGCUCUGCCAGUGCAGCCAGGACGCCAACCUGAAAUUUGAUGCCAUUCAGGAAACUUAUGACAAGAUGGAGGUGGGCGCUGCGUCAGUCAAAGCCAUCGGAGAGCUGGACUCUCUACUGGAGUGGCUUGCGAGCUUCCACAGCAAACAUCAUGAUGAUAACUCAGAAUAGGACUCCUAUGGCAACCACUUCAUUAUGUAGUCCUGGUUCAUUCAGAGACACUACAUAAUACUUUAAUUGAAUUCCAUCAUUGAAUCACAAUUAUCAUAUUUAUAGGAUUUUCAUUUUCAGUGAAAAGCAUGUUAUAGUGUGAUGAUCAGAUUGGGAUUAACAGGGUAACGUUUUUUGUUACCACCAGUACAGACCACAUGUCUGCAACUUGUUCGAUGUUAAUGUUUUAAAAGUGCCUACUGAGGAUGUGUAUGCCAUGUCUUAAUAACAUACAUGUUAAAUAUUUAAGAGUUGCUUUAUGCUGUUGUUGUGACAACAUUGUUUCUGAAUUUUUUUUUUUAAAAACCGGCCUGUGGCCUUUUUUUUUUUUUAAAAACCGGCCUGUGGCCUUUUAAUUUAUGUUUAUCUGCACGCAUGACUCGAAAGAGCUGUGCUGGAAUGUAGACCUUUGCGGUCAGUUUGUUUGAAUCAUGUAUCAAUUCAAUUGUAACUUGAAAUAAAAUAAAUGUGUAUCAUCCUCA